AUGGUUGGCAACAUCUGUUCUUGGGCUGUCAUCGAUAGGGUUGGACGCCGAAACCUCACACUCUGGGGUGUUGCUGUGCUCACGGUAAUCCUACUCCUGGCCGGUAGUCUGGCUACAGUAGGCACUGUGCCUGCCCUCAAAGGAUGCAUUGCAUUCAUGGUUGUGUACGGAUUCUUCUACAAUGUCUCUAUUGGAAGCACGGCGUAUACUAUUCUGACGGAAAAUGCAACAUCGAGACUGCGGAUCAAAACCAUUGCGAUCGGAAUCGCAGUCCAGAAUUCUUGGUAUACGAUGUGGAAUCUUGUCUUGCCGUACCUGUUCAACCCCGACAAAGCCAAUCUUGGAGCAAAGAUUUCAUUCAUCUUUGGCGGUCUUUCUGUUCUGUCUUGCGUUUAUGUAUACUUUUACCAGCCAGAGACUGCCGGAAGGUCGUACGAAGAACUCGAUGAGAUGUAUAUGAAGCAUGUGCCCGCGCGUGCCUUCAAGGCAUUUGUUACCGAUGCGGAGAGACAGGGACAAGAAGCAAGCAAGGGUGCAGAUUAG